GCAGAGCCAGCCCUUCCCAGGACUCUGAGAUCCCCAGCUGCUGUAAAAUGGUGACCAGGCACGUGUGCUGAUGCCUGGCAGUGCCCACCCACCACCCAGAGAUGUUGGCCAGUGGGAUGCCAGUUUUCCUGCUCCUCCUUUGGGCAACAACCACCCCUCAGGGUGCAGGAGUUCAGGUUUUGCCACCUGUUAACUUCACCCUCACAGUCUCUGCAUUAGCACAGGUGCUGUUACACUGGGAACCAAACCCUGCUCAGGAACAAAACAACUCCACCAUUAGAUAUGAUGUGGAAAUCCUGAGCCCUGUGCAGGAAGAGUAUGACACCAAGAGCACUCGCAGUGUCCGAACAGCGGCGCUGCACAACGGCUUCUCUGCACGGGUGAGGACCUUGCUGCUCCAGGGGCACCUUCAGAUGAGCAGUGACUGGGUGGAGGGAAACCUCCCACCUCUGCCAGGUGCUGCAGACACCUCUGUCACCAACGUGUCCUGUGUCACCCACGUCACCACCCCUGGCAAUGUCUCUCUCUGCUGCACUUGGCUCCCUGGCCAAGGGGCACCAGAAGACACCAAAUACUUUCUGUUUUACAGGUAUGAGGCCCACACUGAGGAAUGCCCCACUCACACCAAAGACAAGAGGAACAGGAAUACUGAGUGCAGAUUUGCAAAUACUCAAAUUAAAGCUGGAGAGAUUGACAACCUCAUUGUCAUUCACAUUAAUGGCUCCAGCCAACGUGCUGCAAUCAAACCCUUCCAGCAGUUAUUUAAUCAAAAUGCCAUCGAGAAAGCAAAUAUUCCCAGAAAUAUCAGCAUAUCCCUGGAGCAAAAUGAUCUCCUGGCCAUGUGGGAGAAGCCAAUUUCUCCUUUCCAUGAAGAAUGUUUUGAAUAUGAAUUUUAUCUCAUCAACCUGAAGUCAGGUAACAAGCAGAUCCUGAAGAUCUCCUCCAACAGCUUCCAGCUCCGGGUGGAUGGCAGCAGCAGCUACUCCAUCAGGCUCAGGGCCAACCACAACCACAUCUGCCGUGCCAGAGGCUUCUGGAGUGACUGGAGUGAAACUUUUUAUGUUGGGCAAAAUAAACUGGAGAAUUCCAUAGCCUGGAUUCUCACCCUGCUCUGUGUGUCCAUGUCCUGCACGUUGCUGCUUGUUGCUGUACUGUGCAAAAUAAACCACGUUUGGAGUAAACUGUUCCCACCAAUCCCAACGCCCAGCAACAAAUUCCGAGACCCUUUCCCAAUUGACUAUGAGAGAGCACGGACCUGCACCAGCUCCACGGAGACCGAGGUGUGCAGCCUGGCUGAAGGGCUCUCCUGCAGUGUCUUCGAGGACUCCGUGUUCUGA